ACUAUUCUGUUUAGAACCCGAUAAACAUGGAGAUUUUUGCGCAAAACUCGUUUAUUAAUGAUAGCUAUAUCAUUUCUUUAGUACUUUUUAACAAUGUAUCAAAUAGUUCAGAGAUAAGGAAUAUGGCUAUAAAAAGGGAAAUAAAUGCUACAUUAUUAAAACCUCAGGCAAUUGUUGAUUCUUUUCAAGUUCUCUUAGCAGCAAAUAAAGCUUUAAGUAAUUAUCUCGGGAAAACUAUGUACACAAAAUCUCUUCAUUCUGAAAUAAUAUUUUCAUUAUCUGCUAGUAGAAGCAUUACUGAAAGUUUUAAAAAUUUUGGUGUCGAAAAUGACGCUAAUUCUAUUCUAAUAGUAGAGAUUAGCGAAAAGGACAAAUCUUCAAUUGAUGAGAUAUGUUCCAGAGUAAGAGGUGAUCCGGUAAAAGUUGAUUCAAUAGGAACAUUUACAAAUAUACCAGUUAUUAAGCAAUUAUACAAAAUUGAUGAAAGUGAGCUUGCACACUCGAAUCUAAAUGACGUCGUUUACUCAAGAAUGGCUGCAAAAGAGUUUGUUAACUAUUAAUAAAAUUAAGAAAUCAAUUCAAAAAAUAAAAUACUAUAUGUGUAUUUAUUAAUUACACAGUGUAUAGUUAUACUGUACAAUCUUAAAUACUUGAACAUUUUAGUCAAAUCCGGCUUUAUUGGUGGUUUUAAAUACGUUAAAUACUAAACUACUAUAGAAUACGGCCAUACGACGUUACAAGCACCGGUUCUCGUCCGAUCACCGAAGUUAAAUGACGUACGGCCCAGUCAGUACUUGGAUGGGAGACCGCCUGGGAACACUGGGUGCCGUAUUCUUUUUGAUUUUUUUUCUAAACACGUCCGUGGCUCAAAACAAGAAUGUUUACAUUUCAUGAUAGUAUAUAAGUACGUGGUACAUUUCUUAGAAAGUAAGAAAUAACACUCUAAUAUUAUUCUGUAACUGAUAGAAAAUGAACAAAACUCUUCAAC